AUCGAACUUUUACUUUGAAAUUCUAAAGCGGAAGUCGUGUGAGAUGAAGUUGAGUUAGAAAGACUUACACGGUGGUGUGUGGAUUAUUGACCGUCCUACUGCUGCGCACUGAAGACUGGGACCGACCCCACUCUUAACAGCGGAUAACGAAUCACGGGAAUAGACGGGAAAAUGGACAAUAAGAAGAUCAAUCUCCAUAUGCAUUUAUUUUUAUUUAAUAUUUUAUUUUGAAAAACUUAGAGAGCAAGAAGAAGCCGUGGUCUCUGCUGUUGAAGUUUUAUUUCUCACGUCUUCUCUUUUUUUUUGCCAAUUAAAAUGUAUGUAAAUACUUUCUACAUUUUUUUUACAGUGCCUUCCGCUGCUCUCUUGAAUGUUCCGAAAAAGUGCACUUGAAUAGGUGAACGAGUUGACGUGCGCGUAAAGAGUGGUGAUUUCAAUGGAGGGGCGUCCCUUUAAAACGCUGCUCUGAUUUUUUUUUUUUUUUUUUUUUAUUAUUAAUAUUAUUGUGGUUGGGACACUUAUUUAAACACAUUGUGGACAUAUUACCCCAGUGGGACCAUGGGCACUUCAUUAUCUCGGGAUUUGGGCUUGUGGUUACUGUGGAGACACAUCAUCACCAUCGCAAUAUGGUUGUGCGCGAUUGGAGCGCACGCGGCGGAAGAAGACAGCGGCUUUAAUACUGAGUCAUGGCUAAGGAUGUAUGGUUACCUGCCUCAGGUCAGCAGACAGAUGUCUACAAUGAGGUCGGCUCAGAUCCUGUCCAACGCCAUCAGCGACAUGCAGAGAUUCUAUGGUCUGGAGGUGACUGGACAGAUGGACUCUCAAACCAUCAGUGCCAUGAAACGACCCCGGUGUGGUGUCCCGGAUAAGUUUGGAGGACAGAUCAAAACCAAUGUUCGGCGGAAACGUUACGCCCUAACUGGACAUAAAUGGAGCAGGACUCACCUCACAUACAGUAUCCAAAACUACACUCCUAAGAUCGGAGAGUAUAACUCAUUUGAAGCCAUCAGACUGGCUUUUAAAGUCUGGGAGAAGGUUACCCCACUGACAUUCGACGAGAUCCCAUACCAGGAGGUGAAAUAUGGCCGUCGCAAAGAGCCAGACAUCAUGAUCUUCUUUGCCUCAGGUUUUCAUGGCGACAGCUCUCCCUUUGAUGGAGAGGGAGGAUUCCUGGCUCACGCCUACUUCCCAGGUCCUGGUAUGGGCGGAGACACACACUUUGACUCCGAUGAGCCCUGGACAAUAGGAAACCAAAAUGUACAAGGUAAUGACCUGUUUUUGGUCGCUAUUCACGAGCUGGGUCAUGCUCUGGGUUUGGAACACUCCAACAAUCCUAUGGCUAUCAUGGCUCCAUUUUACCAGUGGAUGGAAACUGAGAACUUUCAGCUGCCGGAAGACGACCGGCGAGGGAUUCAGCAGAUCUAUGGUCUGCCAGAUAGCGGCCCCACCCAGGCUCUGCCAACGGUGGUACCCCGUCGACCCGAUCCUCGACCCAAUCCCCGUCCCGAUCCUCGACCCGAUCCUCGACCCGAUCCUCGACCCCCUCAAACGCCGCCGCGACAUCCAGACCCCCCUAGAACAACAGAGAGACCAGAUCACUACGGUCCAAACAUCUGUGAAGGGAACUUCGACAGUGUGGCCAUGCUGCGAGGAGAGAUGUUUGUCUUUAAGGGCCGCUGGUUCUGGCGUGUUCGCAGGAACAGAGUUCUGGACAACUAUCCAAUGCCCAUUGGUCACUUUUGGAGAGGUCUACCAGGAGACAUCGAUGCUGCCUAUGAGAGACAUGAUGGCAGAUUUGUCUUCUUUAAAGGAAACAAAUUCUGGCUUUUCAGGGAAGCUAAUUUGGAACCCGGAUAUCCACUGGAGCUGAAUCAUUAUGGUCACGAAAUUCCCUAUGACAGAAUAGACACUGCCAUCUGGUGGGAGCCAUCGGGCUACACUUACAUUUUUCAAGGAGACUGGUACUGGCGUUUCAAUGAGCAAUCUCGCACGGCUGACGUAGGAUAUCCCAAACCUAUCAGUAUCUGGGGAUCAUCAGUCCCAUCUUCACCAAAGGGGGCAUUCCUAAGUGAUGACGGAGCCUACACCUUCUUCUACAAAGGCUCCAAAUACUGGAAAUUUGACAACCACCGCAUGAAGAGUGAACCGGGCUACCCCAAGUCCAUCCUCAGAGACUUCAUGGGUUGUAGCUUGGACCUGGACCCAGACAAAGACCCAGACACGGACCCAGGACGCAAAUACCCUGAUGUGAACCGUCCACCGUUUAACCCUGACCCGGGACAUGAUGAUGGGCAGGGCAAGGGCGGGGGCGGAACGGACGGCACGAAAGGGACCGAUGAGAACACAGGAUCGGACGACGACCAAGAAGAAAAGGAGCGCGAGGGUCGAGAGGAGGACACCAACGAGGUGGAUGUUGUGUUGAAGGUGGAUGACAGCGAGGAGCGGACCAUGAACAUUUUGAUGGUCACUAUCCCUUUGGUCUUGGUGCUGUGCAUUCUGGGACUGAUUUACGCCAUCAUCAACACACUGCAGAGCAAGGGAGCCCCACGACUGUUGGUGCACUGCAAGCGCUCGCUGCAGGACUGGGUCUAAGGUUUGAACUGGAUUUCAGUUACCCACAUCUUCUCAUCCACUCUUUUAAAAGUUAUCCUUCGAAGACACUCAGUGUGCAGUUGUCAAGGUGGAUACUCUACCAACACUCCACACUCACUUUCCAAAAUCAUGUGUUGGUUAAAUCUUCAGGGGGCAUACACACGUACAAUGGUAUGGAGGAUUGUAGAACCCCAGUUUGUGUCUGUUCACAAUGAGUUUUAGAAAUAAUAAUGCGUUUUGAUUUUACAGUUGCAGGAAUCUUUUGUCCGGGUCUUUUUUUUUUUACGUGUCUGUUUCACCCAAAAGUACACCAAAGGUUUAGCAGUUUUCUCAUCUUGCAGUUUUGCUCUUUAAUACAAUGGUAUGUUCAUGCUGAUUGCUGUCUCCAGGUCUUACUGGAUGUCCUCCUUCAAAUACCUAGACUUUCAUAUGAGACUGUCUAUUAAUAGUGUUUUUAUUUGACAUUAUUUGGUUGCUCACAAGUCUUAAAAAAGUAGAAAAUGGAAAACUGGCUUUAAAUAUGUGCCUUCAGGAUGUUCCACUAUGGGGCUUUUUAUAAGCCUUCAGAGUCAUUUUAAAGUCGUCUAGUUUAGAGUAAAAUUCUUAACUAGGGAUGUCUCUGCUACCAACACCGAUACUGCACCUUGAAGUCUCUGCUGAUACAGAUAUAAAUCUGUUACAUACUGCAAGCUGCAGUUGCUGAGGAGAUAGUGUCCUGGUAUGUCAUGCUAAGUUAACUGGUGGUAUCAGAUCCGGCGAGCUAUGCUAAACUAAGGCUGUACCAUCAAGUUCUGGAACAUACAAAAGUACCAUUGCAGGUGUAACUGAUUCAAAAAAAGAAAAGAAAUAGCACCAUCUUUGACCCAUUUUUAGAACAUACCCCAAAGGCACCUUAGGUAGUCCACAGAGGCUAGAUUGUUCACCUACUCUAGACCCUUCAAGUCUAACAAAAAUCUAGAAACAACAACUCUGAUGAUCCACAUACUUCCAGUCAACCCACUUUCAAAGAAAAUACAACUUUGAGGCUUUAAAACAGUCCUAAUACUUGCUUUUCCCAAUGUUCUUUGCAUAUAGUUCUUGGUACUUCUUGCUAGAUUUUUGGUACAUAUUCCUGCAGUACAAACACACCUCUAAGGUCUUGUAUUUGGCAGUGUCAAUGCACAAAUACUUCAUCGUUCAGACACUGUUCAACAGAGCUUAUGGAAAAAUUGGCGAAUAUGCUCCUUUGGCAUGAGCAAUUAUUGCUGCAAGAAAUCAGCCAUGGCAGACACUGAAGUUUGAUGUACUGUACGUGUGAAUGCCCUCUUUCAGACAAUGAUCAUACUUUCCACAACUUCAAGGUUGAUAUUUACCAACCCUUGGGUUUUGCUAACAUGUAGAUUGCUAGUUGAUACUAUAGAUGCUCAUGUUUUGAUCCAUGACAGCGCCAAGUGUUUUGUUAGGAGGUCUUCCAGUGUAAUGUAAAUGCUUUUGUGAUUGACUCAUGCUGACCAUUCACAGUGCAUUUAUGUGACAUUUUUGCCACAUGUAGACUGGAAGGGCAUUGGAUAAAACCCCCGGACCAUUUUUGUUGGAAGACAUCCUCCUGUACACCAACGCAACUGUCUACAGCAGCCACAUGUGUAGAACCAUCACUCAAAAACUCAAGGAUGUUCAAAUGUGGGAGAACUCUAGGUGUGAGAUUAACAUCAUCGGACUUUAAUGCAAGAACUGUUCAAAAAAAAGACUGAUUAACAACUUGAA